GUCCUCGGGUGUGACAAAGCACCUUGGUGCAAAGCAUGCCACCCCACCGAAGUGGGUCGUCCAGAGGAAACAGCAGGAGGACGAGCAAAAGAAGAUCACAGGAGGUGGUGGGGAUAGCAGCAAAGGCAAGAAGCUGAAGACGGAGGAGGGCCAAAGCCAGAAGGUCUCAGGCUCCGUGCAUCGCGUCUCGAUGGCGGGCUACGGUGUCAUCAAAUCGCCUGAGUGGGGUGAAGUUCUCUGGCGUCAGUAUGAGCUGCCCACCAAUCUGCGCUGCCUGCAGUUCACAGACCGCGCCAAGUUUGUCUCGCAAGUGGAGCACCGGGAAGACUACCGCAGGCUGAAGGAGAUGGUGGGGAAGCAGGUGCGAGCUUCCAACACGACACUUGCGGUUUUCGAGAGUUUGUUGGGUUUGUUCUGGGUUUCGAGUUUAGGGUGUAUGGAUGUUGGAUGUUCAUAG